UUAGAUUAAUCCACGUGUGUGAAGUGGAGUUUUCACAGUCAAGAUCGAAAUUGAGGAGCUAGUUGAUCCUUUGCCAAGCGUCGUCGGACUGUGACGUACUCUGGGAAAUAUAAAAAAAUUAAUAGCUGUUACUAAAAAAAUGGCGGUAACGUGUUGCAACAAAUUAUUUCAAAGUUACUGUGAGAAUCAAAAAUUUUUGAUCGUUUGAGAAUUUGGGAAACUCCAAUUUAUCGAUAUAAAUUGGAGUCGCCAACUUUUCAAAAGAAUCUAUAAAAAGAAAAUAAAUAUCGUAAAUUACUCAGAGCGUAAGACAAAGUUGUAAUAUCCUCGGAGAAGAAUUUCUAUAAGAUUUACGGACUCAUCAUCGUACAAUCAUGAAUUCUGUUAAAGAAACCACAAUUAAUGUGUCCGACGUUACGCACGAGAUAGAUAAAGAUACGGUCAACGAAUACGUAUCCACGGAUAUUUUACGUGAAUCAACUGCCGAUGCAGUACAAAAAGACAUACAGGAAAACAACCCGAUGUCCGACGUUUUGCAGAGGAUAGAGGUACCUCCGCCAAAGAAUGACGAAUUCUUGCACAGCACUAAUAAAAACUCCGACAAAAGGGAAUCCAGCAAAAAAGAUGGAUUGCCGGAUAAGAAAUUUCUUGCGAGAAACUCGUUGCUCACCGAUCUCUUCGAGAUCCCACAUAUUCGCUCGAUUUACAAUCUGUUCAUGGUGACCCUCAUAAUCUUGUUUUUUAGCACCAUCGCAUCCGACAUUAUGGAAUACGGAAUGGUUCGCGCUGGUACCAAUACCUUACAAAUUGGUUUUGCAAAGUUUCCAACAUGCAUUUAUAUUUGGGUGCUAAUGCAAACAUCGACACUCGGUGUCUACGUGGCCUUCACCCUCUGGGCGAAUCAGCGACUCCGAUUCUUACCAAAAUCCUUCAUCCGGAAAUUUUGUGAUUACGGCUGGUUAUCGGCAUUUAUAUUAUAUCAAGUUGUCUUCUUCAUUAUUCCUGUCACGAUAAUAAUCAAAGAAAAUCUUUCCAUAGGUUGCAGUUUAAUUAUUAUUGCUGAGCAAAUACGCAUGGUGAUGAAGAGUUGGGCUUUCGUCAGAAGCGCAGCACCCAGGUAUUUAUCGUAUGAACCCAACAGCGAAACUUCACGACCAAGCGGCCCCAAAUUCUCACAAUAUUUGUAUUUUCUAUUCGCACCGACUCUUCUGUACCGCGACGAAUAUCCUAGAACUGACAGAAUCAGGUGGACAGUGGUGUUUUGGAAUUUUGCUGAAGUCGGUCUAACAAUUUUCUAUCUCGCCUUCAUCUUGGAAUGUUUAAUAGCACCCAUCUAUCACGUUUUCGGAACCCAGUACUUAGAUCAGAAAUGGUUUGUCAAAAAUAUCAUCGAGGCUUGUAUUCCCGGCAUUCUUAAUUUCGUCAUCGGACAUUACCUCCUGCUGCACGCGUGGAUGAACGCUUGGGCGGAAAUGUUGCGGUUCGCAGAUCGAUUGUUUUACAAGGACUGGUGGAACAGCACGACUUACGCACAGUAUUACCGCACGUGGAACAUAGUCGUACACGAUUGGCUAUACACGUAUAUCUAUAAGGACGUGUAUGAUAUAAUGGCGCGUAACCGAACGCUGGCAGCUACAGUUGUAUUUCUCACUUCCGCCAUCAUCCACGAGUACAUAAUUGCGUUUCCAUUCGGCUUCUUCUAUCCAGUAAUGUUUAUUUUAUUCGCCGGCAUAGGCUUUCCCAUAUUCUUCGUCCGCAAGUACAUUACCAGCAACGUCUUCAUGUGGCUGAGCUGGGCUAUCGGCAGUGGCAUUACGUUUAGUCUAUACUCGAUGGAGAUUUACGCUCGGUGGAACAAUUGUCCACCUCAUCUCAAUUAUUAUCUAGAUCUGCUCAUACCACGAAGCUGGAGCUGUCAAGAACAGUUUAAUCCGUAGAUCGAGCUGUUUGUGUUUACGGUGAAACUUUUUCACGGGACAGUGGAUUUUUCUAUGCCCUGUUACAGACUAAUUGAUUGAGAACUGUUGUUUGGAAGUUUACAUACAUCUUCUAAUUUCCGCACGACUACGAAGAAAGCUCAGUGUACAUCCCCUCAGGGCUACACGUGCUCACUACACUCCUAGAGGAGAUACAUGCGUGAUAGAGCCGUUUAGAUUAAUCCACGUGCAUCGAGUGGAGUUUUUACAGUGGCCAUCGAUCGAGGAGCCAGUUGAUCUUUUGCCAAGCGUCGGACUGUGACAUACUCUGGAAAAUAUAUAAACAAGUAAUAGCUGUUAUUAAAAAAUUGACG